UUUUGUAUGAUUUACCCCCCAUUGAUGAUUUACCCCCCAUUGAUCACCUAUUUCUUAUAGCAUUUUGUUCCUCGACUCUCGUAUUUUCCAAAUUUUUUUUUCGUAUUUUUUCGCUCCAUGCCAGAGAAAUCUAGCUGACUUAAAAAAUUAAAUUCACACUGCUGGAAGUUGGAAUUCCCGAAUUUUUUUUCAAUUUCCGACUUUCGAGAAUCGCGUCGGCUAGUUCUGUCGCUCCGUACGUCAAAAAAAUUUUUUAUUUCUAGAAAUAUUUUUGUAGAAUGUCAAGUCGCCGAAAGGCUGCUCCAAUACGUCGAUUACCUAGUCAAAACGCUCUUCUUCAACAACAACAACAAAUUUCUUCUUCAAAAUUAAUUAAUAAUUCCAAAAUUACUGAUCCUCGUUUUAACGAAAAAAUUAGCAAUAUUAGUCAAAGUAUUGACCAAAAAGAGCAAUCAAAUAAUUUAUUAAUUAAAAGCAAUAAAAAUAAUUAUAAUAUUAUGAAUUUGACUUGUUCUGUUUCUCCAAAUAAUCCUUCAUCGUCGAGAUUGAAGGAAGAAAUGGAAGAGAAUGCUUUAAAUGAAGGAAGGGAAGGGGAAGAAACUGGCUCUAUUGUGAAAGAAGAGGAAGAUAUGGAAGGAAAUGAGGAACAAAUGGAAGAGGGGGAAGAAGAGACUGAUGAAGAAAUUGAAGAAAAUAAAAGUGAGGAGGAUGACAAGAAAGAGGAAAAAGAAAGGGAUGAAUACAAGGAAGAGGAAGAAGAAAUUUUGACAAUAAAACGAAAGAAAAUAAAUAAAAAUUUGGCUGUCGAUCCCCAGAUAGCUUCGACUAGUUACUGUCAUGAUAUUAAAGGAAAUUUUGUUAAGGAUGAAGGAAAAGAGGAAAAGGAAGAAGAUCUCAUGAAUACAACACCAGGGGAUCAACAAUUAUUAAAUAAGCCCUUUCAACACCAACAAUUAUCAACAACAACAUUUUCUCCCUCAACAUUACCCCAUAAUAAUUGUAUCGCAAAACACCAAACAUUUACCGAUCCCAGCAUCCAAACACCCCAAAAACAAACUUUAAAUUUCAAACAAAACAACAACAAAGUUUAUUUAAAUGAACAACAACAAAAUGUUUUGGAAUCAACAUUUGACGAAAACAAACUUGAAAAUAAUAAUAAACUUGUUUUGAAUGGGACAAACAAUGUUGUUGUUAAUGGAAAAAACUUGAAACAUGAAAAUGAAAGGUGGGGGGUUUAGAAAAAAAAUUUUUUUGAAAUUUUCAACUUAACAUUUACAAAAAUUUUGCAUUUAAAACAUUUUUUAUAGUCGCGCACUUACUACAGUAAUAUCCCGCCCAUUCUUUUCUCUCAAACCCCGCCUCUUUUUAUCCCUCUCAUUAUGCUACAUUUUUCUUUUGUUGUUUAUGUUUGGCUCUAGUUUAUCGAGACUAAUAGCAUCAAUUAGUGUUUAUUUUUAUAACUCUUAGAUUCGGAUGCUUUUUAAAAAAUAGUGCCAAGUUUAUAAUUUUCCUGAAUGUGUCUCAAUAAGGUGUAGGGGCCAUCCACAACUUUCAAAUCUACUCGACUGACUGACAUAAAACCGAAUGUUCUCUAUUUCAUUGGGCUAAUUUUCAAUAAACCUAUAAGCUUAUAAACUAAUUUUUAUAUCUUUUAUAGAGCUCAUUCUACAGUACUUCCCAACCUUUUUAUUAAUUAUUUAAAAAAACAUAAUUAUUUUUUUCUUUAUUUUUUUUAUUAUUGUCUGGACAAAGUAUGGACAACGUCUAAAAUAUACAUACAAAAACACUCAAAAAAUAACCCCAAAAUGCAAUAAAAUAAAUUGCCGCGCUUUUAUCUAAACAAAUCACCUUUCUCUAUUUCUCCUCUCCCCUCAAGCCAUUGCCCAAAUUAUUUGUUUUGUUUGAGAGGUUUAUAUUACACCUUUUUUUUUGAAAUGAUUGAGAUGGGCAAAAAUGUGUUGAUGUUGAGAGAACAUUUAUUUUUGUGUUUCUGAUAAUUGGGAAAAACUUAAAAACCUUGAGAACUUAGGUUUCUAAACAUAAAAACACAUUAUUCUUAACACCCAUAAAAUUGAGAUUCAUGCUUCAAAAACAUAUUUAAUUAUUCUGAUUUUUCCGGAAUUUUCCGGAUUGUAUUUUUCAUUGUAUUUUUUCCGGAAUGUGUUUCCUUUGUAUUUUCUGUCUUUUCCGGAAUGUGUUUUUGCUUUUUCCGAAAUGCAUUUUUAAUUGUAUUUUUUGUUUUCCGGAAUGUGUUUUCUUUGUAUUUUCUAUCCUUUCCGGAAUGUGUUUUUGCUUUUUCUGCUUUUUCCGGAUUGUGUUUUUCAUUGUAUUUUUCUGUUUUCAGAAUGUGUUUUCCGGAAUAUUUAUUUUAAUAUUUCAAGUUUAUAAAAUACAA